AUGGAACUACUUGUUGGUGUGUUGCAUGGCGAGAUGUCGGUAGAGGAACGCGCUGCGUCCAUAGAACAGUUCAAAGAAGGAAUCUUCAAAGUGCUUAUUACGACUAACGUCUGUGCUAGAGGUAUCGACGUAUCACAAGUAACAAUCGUGAUCAACUACGAUCCUCCUUUGCUGUAUGAGAAUCCUUCGGAACCUGACUAUGACACCUACCUACAUCGAAUCGGACGGUAA